AUGGUGGAGUCAUUAGCCAUAACGCUGAACGGAGAUGGGGGUGACCUGCCGCCCAGAAGAGCGAGGCUGGGCAUCGCCUGUGGGGCCUGUCAGAAAAUAAUCCAGAAGCUAGUGGAAAUGGUGGGAGACCAGCCUGACAAGGACAGCAUCUCCGAGGCUGCAUCCCGGGUGUGUGGCAAGGUGAAGUUGCUGAGUAGCAUUUGCAAGAAGAUCAUGAAGACCGUUCUUCGUAUCGUCUCUAAUGAUAUCAUGGCUGGCAAAACACCCCGUGAUACCUGUGUGGACAUCAAGAUGUGCAAACCUAAGCAGGUUUUCAUCUGAGCCUCUGGGGCCCCUGAGCCCACCCUGAGGGGAGAAAGCACAAGAACUUCAUCACUGGAGGCCAGAUCCUCCCUCCCUAAUCCAGAGUCCGCCUCCAGUUUCUUUCAAGUUCCUCCUCCUCUACCUUUCCCUCUCAGGAGAA